AUGUCUCUGAUCCUUUGCGCUUCUCUGUUCAGAUCACUGCUCUUAAUGCUGCUGGCCAUGCUGUCAGCCAGCAGUUUUGCCUAUGGGAAGGUGAUACAGCCUGGACUCAAGCCGGAGAGCCUCUUCAAGCAAGCGUAUGCUGGAUGCCUGACCCAAAAAGAUUCAAAAUUCCCUCAAACUGUGAGAGUCAACAUAAGCAUCAGCAACAUGAACCAGGACACCAAAAAUACUCUUGAUGUCAGCAGCCGCUCUCUGGCUCCGUGGGAUUACAGGAUCGAUGAGGACCACAACCGUUUCCCUCAAGUGAUUGCUGACGCCAAGUGCCGCCACUCCAGGUGUGUGAAUUUGGACGGGCAGCUGGACCACAGCGUCAACUCCGUCCCCAUCAAACAGGAGAUCCUCGUCCUCCGGAGGGAGCAGAAGGGCUGCCACCAGUCAUACCGGUUGGAGAAGAAAAUAAUCACUGUGGGUUGCACAUGUGUCACCCCCUUGAUCCGACUCCAGGCUUAAGGGAAGCCAGUAGUGUCAAAGCAGGGAGCCACGGAGGAGAGCUUUCUUGCCUAACAGGAAUGAAAUGAAGGGGCCUGAUUCAGUCUCUGCAAAACUGAAUCAAGAUAUAGUGGUUAGCUAUAAUUUUUCAGAAUGUAAUAAAAAUGAAGAAGUCCCAGGUUUU